AUGCUCGCAAUCGUGGCACUGGGCUUUGUUGCCAACCUGUGGCUCACAGCACGGCUGACAGUCUGGGCCUGUGGCACAGCCCCUGCAGAGGAAGACACACAGGAUGGCAAGAUGCAAUUAAAUCAAGUUGCUUUCGGACGUGUCCACUGGGCUUUCUGGGGCACCGUACUCUCCCUCUGUCUCCUUCUGGCUGUGACAGAUCAGUUGAAUGGGAGGCAGUUGGAGCCACUGUUUCAUCUCUCAGCCACAGUGUGUGGGUACCUUGUGGGUGACAUGCUGCCACAGAGACUUGGCCGGAUCCUCCACCCAGUGGUCGUCUGUGCUGCUUUGACAAGCCUGAGCGCUGGGGCGUUUGGGGUGCUGAUAGGGAAGGGCUGGGCUGGGGGAGUGAAUGCAUACUUGACACAGGAGGUUAAUUCCAGAGGUGCCGGCGACUGGCUAAUGAGUUUUCUUGGGCCUGUGGUCCUGUCUUUUGGCUUCAGUGUAUUCUCCAGACGCUUGGUUAUGCUCCGUCACAGACGGGUGAUCGCCAUGGCCAUCGUGACCUGUAGCCUCUUCUCAAUGAUCUCCACCGCCUUGGCAGGCCGCCUCCUUGCCCUGCAUCCCAAGUUCGUCCUGGCCAUCGUGCCCAGAUCGGUGACCGUCGCAUUGGCCCUUCCGAUAGCCCAAAGCCUGGGUGUAUCCAGUCUGCCCAUCACUGCAGGAGCUGUCGUGCUCACAGGGCUGAUGGGCGCAAACUUCUCAGCCAUGCUCUUGACCUGGAUGGGCAUCACGAGCCCAAUUGCAAGGGGGUUGUCUGCAGCCAGCAGCGCACAUGGCCUUGCAACAGCGGCGCUGACUGCCAGCGAAUCAGAGACACUGCCUUACUGCAGUCUUGCAUAUGCUCUGUCAGCCAUAACGUCGACACUACUUGCAAACGUGCCCAUCAUUCGGCACCUAUUGGUGUCCAUUGCUGGCUAG